AGCGGGACGUCAGGCCUGCGAGUGGUGGUUUGUCUGUUGAGCUCGGCGAAAGAACGAUUUUAAAAUGGGCGAUGUUGAGAAGGGCAAGAAGAUUUUUGUUCAGAAGUGUGCCCAGUGUCACACUGUAGAAAAGGGAGGCAAGCACAAGACUGGUCCAAACCUCCGUGGUCUCUUUGGGCGGAAGACAGGUCAGGCUCCUGGAUUCACUUACACAGAUGCCAACAAGAACAAAGGCAUCACCUGGGGAGAGGAGACACUGAUGGAGAACCUGGAGAAUCCCAAGAAGUACAUCCCUGGAACAAAAAUGAUCUUCGCUGGCAUUAAGAAGAAGGGAGAAAGGGAAGACUUGAUAGCUUAUCUCAAAAAAUCUACUAAUGAGUAAAAGUUGGCCACCUCCUUAUUUAUUACAAGACCGACGUGUCUCAUGACUUUUAUAUGUGUACCAUAUUUAAAUUGAUCUCAUACUCUAGAAUUCAGAUCAUGUAUGGCUGAUGGAAUGUUUCUGUUGGAUGGUCCUGAUUGAAAUAAGAUUGGUUGGUGGCUAAAUGAAUAUGGUCAGCUGUUUGAAUUUUAAUAUUAAUUCUAGUUCAACAAGUACUAUCACUGUCUUUCCCUUCUACAGAGAUGGUUAAACUUGAAUGUGGAGUGUUAAACUUUUCAGGAAAAUGGUGAAUACCUUCUCAGAACCUAUAGGAGAUUGGUUUUAUAUUUAGAUUUCUAUAACUGGUUAUAUUAAUAUAUUUAAAUACUGAGAAGAUCCCUUCCCUGUCUCAUAGAACAGAGCAAGAUUCACCUGUGUUUCAAGUUGUGUUCACUAGCCUGUUAAGGCAUGAGCCGAAGCUAAACUGACAAUGUCCCCUUUAUCUUUUUGGUCUUAACUAUGCCAAUUUCAUUAAAAUUACCUAUAUCAAAAA